GUGAAGAGCGUUCUGGGGAGUUUUCAAUAUAGUAUCAAAUUAAUUGGAAUUGACUUUUUGUCAAUGAAAGCAAAAAAGGUUAGCAGCAAGCUAAGGCACUCAGCUAUCGGUUCGAUUAACUUUACAGAGAAACUCCAAAAAUGCCAUGUGUCAUGUCUGGAGGUGUUGCGGACCUACCAAUACAAGGCAAUUCAAGCUCAUGCUAAAACAAACUGUGCAACGCUUUUCAUUAAGGAAUCAGAACGGUGGGCUGCCGAUUGGGAUGAGAAAGCCCUCGCCCCAGAUUUCGUCAAACCACCGUUUUUUGGGAUUCCGAUCAGUUUGAAGGAAUGCAUUUCUGGAUACGAUACGACCCGCGGUUUUGUACAGGACGUAGGAAAACCAUCAAAGUCCGAUUCACUGCUCGUACAGCAAGUCAAACAGUUAGGUUUCAUCCCAUAUGUUCAGACGAACGUACCGCAAUCAUUGCUGGCCUACAGUUGUAGUAAUCCUAUUUACGGUACCACAAAUACACCAGCGGACAGAUCUCGGACAUCUGGUGGUUCUUCAGGCGGUGAAUCGGCACUUCUAGCUGCAGACGGGUCUCUCAUCGGAAUUGGUGGCGAUGUCGGUGGUUCAAUUAGGAUUCCAUGUCAUUUUACGGGCAUGGCUGGCAUCAAGCCCUCGUCACUUCGGUUUUCGCAUCGUGGUAAUCCAGGAGCUGUACCAGGUCGUCCGCUGAUAAAUGCUAAUGAGGGCCCGAUGACUAGGGAUAUCCUCACAUCGGUGGAGUUCUUGAAACAGAAUUGGAUCGCUGAGAAUGAUCCUUAUGUACCACCCGUAGUGUGGAACGAUGAGAUGUAUCGUAAGGGAAACAAAUACCGUAUCGGUUAUUAUAUAGACGAUGGAUGGUUCACGCCAGUACCAGCCAUUCAGCGUGCUGUUCUUGAAGCGAAAGCUCAUCUGGAAGCUGCCGGUCAUACUGUAGUCCCAUUCAGUCCGCCCAAAGUUCCGCAGAUGAUUCGACAUAACGUCCGGGCACUCUGUGUUGAUGGCGGUACAUACAUAUACAACAAACUCUGGAAUGAUAUAAUUGACCCAUCUCUUUAUGGUCAAAUGCUUAUAUUGCUGGUGCCAAUCUGGAUUCAGCGAAUUCUAGCUUAUCCAGUUGAGAAAAUUUUCCCUCGAUUGGCGAAUGUUAUGCGGGCGAUGACUCUCAGCACCGCUGAACUUCGCGAAACUUAUGCCGAAAUAGAGCAAUAUCGUGGUGAUUUUGUUGAACUGAUGAUGGAAAACAAGAUUGACGUCCUUACUACACCAAAACAUGAUAUUCCGGCAAAGUUGUUCUCGGCUGUGAAUUACACCGCUUUGUUCAAUCUUCUCGAUUUCGGAGCCGGAGUGGUAAAUGUCACAAAAGUAAACAAAGAUGAUGAGCAAAAGCUACGAAAUGAUUAUCCUGCGACGGACUCGUGGUACAGAACAGCCAAGGACGCAUGUAAGGAUUCGAUCGGCUAUCCGGUGAACGUACAAGUGGCUGCUCCACCUUACAGGGAAGAAAUCGUUCUGCGCCUUCUCAGAGACAUCGAAAUUGCUGUCACUGGAAAAUGA